AUGCCCAGUAUCUUCGAACAGAUGGUUUUGAUCCCCAAGAUCGUCAGCCUCGGUUUUGCCCUAACCUAUCAGCGACUGAUGCAAAUAUUCACUGCGAAGAUCCAUCGCCUGACAUACAGCCCUGUCGACCGUCCCAAAAAUGUGGUGGUUGUGGGAGGCUCCUUCGGUGGCUUCUAUCUCGCCAAAGGCCUUGCUGAGUCGCUCCCCACGGGAUGGAGAGUCGUUCUGAUCGAGAAGAAAUCGCACUUCCAUUUCACCUGGAAUUUCCCUCGGAUUUCUGUCGUCUCAGGUCACGACCACAAAUGCUUUAUCCCCUUCCCGAGGCAACUUUCAACGGCGCCACAAGGCGUGUAUCUGUUCAAGCAGGGAAAUGUUGUUGCGAUCGAUCCGCUAAAGGUUACUUUGGAAGACAAAACAACCUUCGAGUACGAGUACCUAGCCAUUGCGACAGGCUCGCAGGCUAGAUACCCAGCGAAGCUGGACGCCGACGUGAAGAGCGACUGUAUUCGGUUCUUCCAAGAGCAGCGGCGACAAAUAGAAGCGGCCAAAGAUAUCGUGGUUGUCGGUGGCGGAGCAGCCGGGGUCGAAGUCGCUGGGGACAUCAAGACCAGACACCCAGACAAGCAUGUGACAUUGGUCCACUCUCGCGACCAUAUCCUCAACAACUUUGGCGAAGCGCUCCACGAGAUUACCAAGAAGGCCCUCGAGGAGAUGGGUGUGAGUCUGUACUUGGGUGAGCGGGUCGUGUCAGGCUUAGACUCAGAAGCACCUGAGCAAGUCACCUUAGGCAGCGGGAAGGCUCUGCGGUGUGACCGUCUGAUAAAAUGCACAGGACAGUCUGCACAAUCCGACCUCGUCAAGCAGUUCUCGCCAUCCUCGGUGGCUCCCUCUGGCGGACUCAUUGUCGAGAAAACAUUGCAACUGAAGAACUCACCUUCUCCUCAAAUAUUCGCCCUUGGGGACGUCCUCGAUAUCUCUGGACCAAAGCAGGGCCGCGCCGCGUCUCUCCAGGGUUUCCACGUCGCAGACAACAUCGUGCGCUCCAUCAAGCAAACUCCGUUGAAGGAUUACAAACCCACCAUGAUAGACGUUUCCAUUGACUUAACACUGGGAUUGGCAAGUAGAGCAUGUCUCAAUCACCACAGAAGGAGCUAUACUGACAAACUGUAUGUUCCCCAACAGGGUAAGGGUGUUGCGUUUAUCGACGAUUUCGGCAGGAGGCACUUGUCCAUCAAGCAGACAACGACCGAAGAGCUGCAGGUGGCGCGUGGGUGGGAAGCCAUGGGCAUGAAGCCGUUCCAUGAUCCAGAGGAAAUGGCGGCUAAUGAGCUCGAUGCAUGA